GUCGUAACCCGGAAGUUGAAAUGGUUCGCUUCCUACUGCGUUAAAGUCGAUUUUAAAUUUUGCUGGAGAAUGUUUAACAAGAAAACAAGGAGAAAUUUUAGGCAAAGAAGACACGACUCUAGUGAAGAAGAUGAAGGUGAAAAAGCGAGUGAUUGUGUGAAGGAAGCGGUCGCUCCUGUGCACGGUGUAAAGCAGGUGAAUGCGCGAAGAGGGAUUUCAUGCAGCUCAAAAUCAAACUCAACUCCACCACACUGCACUGGGUCCAGCCCAGAAUACACACAGGAUCCUGAACCGUCCAAACCUCAAACUAGAGAGGACAAAAAGACAAACAAGAGUCAAACCCUGAGCUUUUUGGGUGAAAAAGAAGGUGCAAGCGAGAGUGAAUUCAAGCUGAAGAAGACCGUGAACAAAGCUGUGGUCUUCCAGGCUCGCAAAAAGGAAGACUCGCCCGUUAGGGUGACAUCAUCACAACAAGAUGUGAAAGACAUUGAGCUUAAGGAGCAGUCAGAGAGCAGUUCUGCUGAGGACAUGUCUCCAGCCAGCAAUGAUGAUACACUCUCCACAGCUUCCAGUUCCUCCAGCUCAAGCUCUACUGGCUCUUUCAAAACACAAACUGUUAAGAUCCCUAAUGCUGAGAAGAUUCGUGCAGCUAAGGAGCAGAGGAGAAGAGAGAGGGCCCACCGAGAAUAUAUCCCUCUGGAUGCAGAUCAAGAUGAUGAAGGCGAGGACGGAGACAGCGCUCAGGAUGAGAGCGAUAGACAACAUGACAGUGACGAUGACCCGGACGAUCAUGAGCGCAGGAUCCAGUUUGCACCCAAAUCCAAAACACUUAGAGAACGAAUGACUGAGAAAAUGGGUGGGAGUGAAAGUGAGGAGAUUUGCUCCGAUAGCCAGGAAGAGGACCAUCACCUCUGGGAAGAGCAGCAGAUAGGAAAAGGUGUUAAAAGAUACCAGAAGAAAGGAAGAAAGGAUUUCAAUCCUCUCAAGCAGAAGAAAAUGGUUGACAUUCCUAAGACUCUUUCACCAAUCAGCAUUGAUAUCAUAAAGAAGCGAAUCACUGGAAAGCUGGAAUCUCUGAAGGAGGUGCAGAGGGCACAUGAAGCUGAGCUUAGGAGGAUGCAGCAGGAUAUAGAAAGUGCAAGGAGUUCUGUAGAGAACCUAGAGAACCAUCCUGCUGACAGCCAGCUCCUCUUCUACCGCAACAUGAACGCUUUCACGCAGAACCUGGUGGAGUGCCUGUCUGAGAAGAUGCAGCUGAUAAAUUCAGUGGAGCUGGACAUGCACAAUCUGUAUAUAAGCCAGGCGGAGGCGCUGUGGUCUCAGAGAAGGAACACGGUGCAGGAACAGUCCAGAUACCUUCAGCAGUUAACCUACAGCACGAAUCCACCCAGCAGCGAAGAAGCACGGGAGAAAAACAAUAAAGCUAAAGGCAGUGAGUUUUUGGAGGAAGAUUGCGGGAGCAUCCCAGCUGAUUUGGAGCCAACAGCAGAGCAGGAGGCAGAACUGCAGAGUAAAAGAAAGGACAUAGUGAAGCAAGGUCAGGAGAUUUUUUCUGAUGUUCAGGACGACUUCUCAGAUGUAAAGAAAAUACUCUCGAGGUUUAAUGAGUGGCGUGUAUCGUUUCCGGAGACUUAUACCAAUGCCUAUAUCAGUUUGUGUCUCCCUAAACUCCUUGCCCCUUUGAUACGAUGCCAGCUCAUUGGCUGGAACCCUCUCAAGGCUGAAGGUGACGAUUUUGAAGCACUGCCAUGGUACUCUGCUGUCGAGCAGUUCUGUCAUGGACAAGGCUACGAAGAAUCUGAGAAUAUUGAUGAGAAAACACUGCCUGCUAUAAUAGAAAAAGCCAUCCUGCCCAAAAUCCGAGGUUUUGUGGAGCUUGUUUGGGACCCAUCGUCUCUGCAUCAGUCUCAGUGUCUCACAUCACUAUGCAAGAGGAUACAGGAGGAUUACUGUGUUUUUGAUGGUGAACAGAGCAAGCCUGUGAAGGCUUUUCUCGAAGCUAUUAUUCAGAGACUCAGGACUGCUGUGGACAAUGAUGUAUUUAUCCCUCUUUAUCCUAAAAGUUAUUUGGAUGACAAGACCUCCCCACAGUUCCAGUUUCAGAAUGAGCAGUUUUGGAGGGCUGUUAAGUUGCUUGGAAACAUGGCAUUAUGGGAUGGCUUGGUUGCUCAGGAUGUUCUAAAGGAGCUGAUGCUGGACAAACUUCUCAACCGUUACCUAAUGAUGACUCUUCUCAACGAGUCUGAUCCAAAGCACAUUAUCCAGAAAAGCAAGAAGGUUGCUGAGUGUUUUCCAAAGUCCUGGUUUGUGCAUCUCAGCACUGAAUCAUCACUAUCACAACUGCAACACUUCAGCAAGCAUCUUCUCCAAACAGCAGAUCUCUGCUGUAAAGACAGAAAGGAUCCCAACAGCUGCAGAUCUGUUCUAUCUGAUAUCCUGAUUCUUCUUUGGACCAUCAAGGCAUCUGAGAGCAUGAAGAUUAUAGCAGAAAAAUACAAUUGUCAUGAUUUGCUGAAAUCUAUAUUCAAGUUGUAGUUUUAUAUCACUGUAAUAAAUGUAUUUUUAUAAAUUGAA